AUGGCGCCCAAAAAAUGUCCAACUGAACAAAACCCCAUAAAAUGUGCUACUGAACAAAAAUUCACAGAAUGUACCACUAAACCCGCAAGCGUUCCAUCCCCUUUUCUGUCAUCUCAAAAUGUCCAAAAUUCUGUUGAUAAAGUUAAUACGCAAUGCCAUAACUUACUUCAAAAUUUUCGAAUCCUAACAAAUCUAGUAUUAAACGAUUCCUCUCAUUUAGUUAAAGAGAUUAAACCAAAAUUGAUAAGGACCGGAAAUUUUCCAGCUAGUUAUGGCUUUGCGUUGUUAUGGCCGCGCGAUGUUUUGUGCUGUACCCUCAGUUAAUAAUUGGUUUGGAAAUAAAUUUCAAAGGUAACUUGUAAACGAACAAAACAUAAAGUCGUUAUGCCCAGGCGCAUGAUCUCAUUAUUUCUGAACCAAAUUUACCUAAUUUAGUUCAAAAUAGAGAAAAAUAUGCGGAAUCAAGCUUU